AUGCUGAUGGGAGAAUGCUGCGACCCGUCAUCGACUGAUGAUGUCGAUGGGAUCCCAUGGAUUUUAUACAUUUUCCAACUCUCAUCUGAUAUGCGCUUGAAACUUCUGGUUGUCCUCUUCUUGACUUCACUGUCAUCUGGAGCCUUGGGAAACGAGCUAACCAGAUGUUGCGCAGGUGGAACUCGACACUUCAAGAACAGCAACACUUGUUCGAGCAUCAAGAGCGUCGGAAGCAGCAUGACGUGCCAAAGAACUGCUUCAAUAUGUUGUCUACGCUCCUUACUUGAUGCCGCUUGUGAUGAGGGUACAACAGUGGCGAAAUCUGAAGAAAGUUGUCCUUCGAACAUUAAUCUAUUGGGUGGAGGUCUCAAAAAAGAAUGCUGCGAUUGCUGCCUUCUUGCCAAGGACAUUGUCAGCCGAAACGAGCCAUGUAUAGCUCCGUCUGGCUUCUCGGCUGGAUGUCUCCGAUCUUUCAACAAAUGCUGCAAUGGGGAUAUUGAAAUAACUCAAGGCGCUGAUGUUAUAACUGGACGUCCUUUGAUGGACCCUGCCGUUAUGCACCUAGGAGAUCGAUGCACUGCCUCAAGUUGCGAACAUCUUUGUCAUGAUAGAGGAGGUGAUAAGGUCGAAUGCAGUUGUAGAGCCGGAUACGAUUUGGCUCCCGAUGGAUCAUCGUGCAAUGAUCGAAAUGAAUGUCUUUCCCCAAUCUCCCCUUGUGCUUCCUUCGAGGAAUGUGUCAAUACCAUUGGAGGAUAUUUGUGUCAACGACGCAUCACGCGUCUCAUUCCGUCAGGCCUUCCAACUUCUCAUCGUCACAGGAACAACCGUGUUGGGAAUUCGACCAGAAGAAUGCGCGACGAUCCAUAUUCAAAGAAUCAAUUUGAAGAUACGUAUCGCGAAGCGCAAGGCGCCACCGGCAUCGGAUGCCCAUAUGGCUGGUUAUAUCAGCACGGACAAUGUGUCGAUAUUGACGAGUGUGCGAUGUUGAUGGAUGACUGCCUCGAAAGUCAGCGAUGUCUCAAUACACCUGGAAGUUUCAAGUGCAUCCGAACGCUUUCAUGUGGAACCGGAUAUGCUAUGGACUCUGAUACCGAACAAUGCAUUGAUGUGGAUGAGUGUAAUCUCGGUUCCCAUGAUUGCGGAGCUUUGUAUCAGUGCAAAAACACGCAAGGAAGCUAUAGAUGUGUUCCGAAAAAGUGCGGAGAUGGCGAACUUCAGAAUCCACAAACUGGAGAAUGCACGUCAAUUAACUGUCCGAAUGGAUAUUACCCAAAGCAUGGAAUGUGUCUCGAUAUCGAUGAAUGCGAAUCAGGUGACCGGUGUGGAGCUGGAGAAGAGUGUGUCAACACUCCGGGAAGCUUCAGAUGCCAACAGAAAGGCAAUCUUUGCACUCACGGAUAUGAAGUGAACGAGGCAACGGGAUUCUGUGAAGAUGUCGACGAAUGUCUCACAGAUGUGUGCCAUGGAAAAGAAUGCAUCAAUUUGCCAGGGACAUACAAAUGCAAAUGUGGACCAGGAUACGACUUCAAUGAUCAUAAGAAAACUUGCGAAGACAUCGAUGAGUGCUCCAAAUUUGCUGGCCACGUUUGCGAUUUGUCAGCAGAAUGCAUCAACACGAUCGGAUCAUUCGAAUGCAAAUGUAAAGAAGGAUUCCAAUUGGCUUCAGACGGAAGAAGAUGCGAAGAUGUGAACGAAUGCACGACAGGAAUUGCCAAAUGCGAGCAGAAGUGCGUCAAUAUUCCAGGAAGUUAUCAAUGCAUUUGCGAUCGUGGAUUCGCCCUUGGGCCAGACGGAAUCAAAUGCGAAGAUAUCGACGAAUGUUCGGUAUGGGCAGGCUCCGGCAGCGAUCUUUGUAUGGGAGGAUGCAUCAAUACCAAAGGAUCUUAUCUGUGUCAAUGUCCUCCGGGAUACAAAAUUCAAUCAGAUGGAAGGACGUGUCUAGAUGUUGACGAAUGCUCACUUGGAGAAUGUGGCGGAUCUGAUAAAGUGUGCGUGAACACACUGGGAUCUUUCAAAUGUCAUUCGAUCGAAUGCCCCACCAACUACGUCCAUGAUUCUGCGAACAAAAAUCGUUGUAACCGUUUGCCGUCCGCAUGCGGAUUGCCUGAAGAAUGCUCCAAAGUACCGCUUUUUAUUACUUGGCAGUUUAUCUCACUCGCCAGAGCGGUUCCGAUAUCUUCGCAUCGGCCAUCGAUCACACUAUUCAAAGUUUCUGCGCCGAAUCAGCCAGACACGGAUGUACAGUUUGAACUUCAUAUGAAAUCGGCUACAGUUGAACGGCAUGGAGUACUGCCAGCAGUUCGGGCGAAUUUCCUGCUCCAAAAAGGAAACAAACGAAAUAGUGCGGUGGUGACACUUCGCGACAGUCUCGAUGAUGGUUAUUCAUGCAUAAAAGUAUGUGGAAAAGAAGAUGGUGAAUGCAUUGGAAAUCACACGAAGGAAAUAUUAUAUCAAUUCAGAGCAGUCCCAUCACUUAAAUCAAUCUUACACCCUGUUGAGAUCUCGCGGAUAGUUACACAUAUGCAUGUGCCAUUUUCAGUCGACUAUAAUCUGGAUGCAAGGAGUCGAAGACAUUUCACUAUUCAGCAGGAUAGAAAUAUUGGAGUUGUUCAACUGAUUCGGCCAAUUCGGGGGCCAACAAUCGAAACAAUUCGAGUGAAUAUCCACACAAAAUCAAGGACUGGCGUCAUACUUGCAUUCAACGAGGCAAUCAUCGAGGUCACUGUAUCAAAAUACGCUUUUUAA